GGCUGGCCCGGGACGCGCCCGGAGCCCAGGGAAGGAGGGAGGAGGGGAGGGUCGCGGCCGGCCGCCAUGGGGCCGGGGGCCCGGGGCCGUCGCCGCCGCCGUCGCCCGAUGUCGCCGCCACCACUACCGCCACCCGUGCGGGCGCUGCCCCUGCUGCUGCUGCUAGCGGGGCCUGGGGCUGCAGCCCCCCCUUGCCUGGACGGAAGCCCGUGUGCAAAUGGAGGUCGUUGCACCCAGCUGCCCUCCCGGGAGGCUGCCUGCCUGUGCCUGCCUGGCUGGGUGGGUGAGCGCUGUCAGCUGGAGGACCCCUGUCACUCAGGCCCCUGUGCUGGCCGUGGUGUUUGCCAGAGUUCAGUGGUGGCUGGCACCGCCCGAUUCUCAUGCCGGUGUCCCCGUGGCUUCCGAGGCCCUGACUGCUCCCUGCCAGAUCCCUGCCUCAGCAGUCCUUGUGCCCACGGUGCCCGCUGCUCAGUGGGGCCUGAUGGACGCUUCCUCUGCUCCUGUCCACCUGGCUACCAGGGCCGCAGCUGCCGAAGUGACGUGGAUGAGUGCCGGGUGGGUGAGCCCUGCCGCCAUGGUGGCACCUGCCUCAACACGCCUGGCUCUUUCCGCUGCCAGUGUCCAGCUGGCUACACGGGGCCUCUAUGUGAGAACCCCGCCGUGCCCUGUGCGCCCUCGCCAUGCCGUAACGGGGGCACCUGCAGGCAGAGUGGCGACCUCACUUACGACUGCGCCUGUCUUCCUGGGUUUGAGGGUCAGAAUUGUGAAGUGAACGUGGACGACUGUCCAGGACACCGAUGUCUCAAUGGGGGGACAUGCGUGGAUGGCGUCAACACCUAUAACUGCCAGUGCCCUCCUGAGUGGACAGGCCAGUUCUGCACAGAAGAUGUGGAUGAGUGUCAGCUGCAACCCAACGCCUGCCACAAUGGGGGUACCUGCUUCAACACGCUGGGUGGCCACAGCUGCGUGUGUGUCAAUGGCUGGACAGGCGAGAGCUGCAGUCAGAAUAUCGAUGACUGUGCCACAGCCGUGUGCUUCCACGGGGCCACCUGCCAUGACCGCGUGGCUUCUUUCUACUGUGCCUGCCCCAUGGGCAAGACUGGCCUCCUGUGUCACCUGGAUGACGCCUGUGUCAGCAACCCCUGCCACGAGGAUGCUAUCUGUGACACGAAUCCGGUGAACGGCCGGGCCAUUUGCACCUGUCCGCCCGGUUUCACGGGCGGCGCGUGUGACCAGGAUGUGGACGAGUGCUCUAUCGGCGCCAACCCCUGCGAGCACUUGGGCAGGUGCGUGAACACACAGGGCUCCUUCCUGUGCCAGUGCGGCCGUGGCUACACUGGACCUCGCUGUGAGACCGACGUCAACGAAUGUCUGUCGGGGCCCUGCCGCAACCAGGCCACGUGCCUUGAUCGCAUAGGCCAGUUCACCUGUAUCUGUAUGGCAGGCUUCACAGGAACCUAUUGCGAGGUGGACAUUGACGAGUGUCAGAGUAGCCCCUGUGUCAACGGCGGGGUCUGCAAGGACCGAGUCAACGGCUUCAGCUGCACCUGCCCUUCGGGCUUCAGCGGCUCCACGUGUCAGUUAGACGUGGACGAAUGCGCCAGCACACCCUGCAGGAAUGGCGCCAAGUGCGUGGACCACCCUGAUGGCUACGAGUGCCGCUGUGCCGAGGGCUUUGAGGGCAUGCUGUGUGAGCGCAACGUGGAUGACUGCUCCCCUGACCCAUGCCACCAUGGUCGCUGUGUGGAUGGCAUCGCCAGCUUCUCAUGUGCCUGUGCCCCUGGCUACACGGGCACACGCUGCGAGAGCCAGGUGGACGAAUGCCGUAGCCAGCCCUGCCGCCAUGGCGGCAAAUGCCUAGACCUGGUGGACAAGUACCUCUGCCGCUGCCCUUCUGGGACUACAGGUGUGAACUGCGAAGUGAACAUUGACGACUGUGCCAGCAACCCCUGCAGCUUUGGAGUCUGCCGUGAUGGUAUCAACCGCUACGACUGUGUCUGCCAACCUGGCUUCACAGGGCCCCUUUGUAACGUGGAGAUCAAUGAGUGUGCUUCCAGCCCCUGCGGCGAGGGAGGUUCCUGCGUGGAUGGGGAAAACGGCUUCCGCUGCCUCUGCCCGCCCGGCUCCUUGCCUCCACUCUGUCUCCCCCCGAGCCAUCCCUGUGCCCAUGAGCCCUGCAGUCACGGCAUCUGCUAUGAUGCACCUGGCGGGUUCCGCUGUGUGUGUGAGCCUGGCUGGAGUGGCCCCCGCUGCAGCCAGAGCCUGGCUCGAGAUGCCUGUGAGUCCCAGCCCUGCCGGGCCGGCGGGACGUGCAGCAGCGAUGGAAUGGGUUUCCACUGCACCUGCCCCCCUGGUGUCCAGGGACGUCAGUGUGAGCUCCUCUCCCCCUGCACCCCGAACCCCUGUGAGCAUGGGGGCCACUGCGAGUCUGCCCCUGGCCAGCUGCCUGUCUGCUCCUGCCCCCAGGGCUGGCAAGGCCCACGAUGCCAGCAGGAUGUGGACGAGUGUGCUGGCCCCGCACCCUGUGGCCCUCAUGGCAUCUGCACCAACCUGGCAGGGAGUUUCAGCUGCACCUGCCAUGGAGGGUACACUGGCCCUUCCUGCGAUCAGGACAUCAAUGACUGUGACCCCAACCCAUGCCUGAACGGUGGCUCGUGCCAAGACGGCGUGGGCUCCUUUUCCUGCUCCUGCCUCCCUGGUUUCGCCGGCCCACGAUGCGCCCGCGACGUGGACGAGUGCCUGAGCAACCCCUGCGGCCCGGGCACCUGCACCGACCACGUGGCCUCCUUCACCUGCACCUGCCCGCCUGGCUACGGAGGCUUCCACUGUGAACAGGACCUGCCCAACUGCAGCCCCAGCUCCUGUUUCAAUGGCGGGACCUGCGUGGACGGCGUGAACUCGUUCAGCUGCCUAUGCCGUCCUGGCUACACAGGAGCCCACUGCCAACAUGAGGCAGACCCUUGCCUCUCGCGCCCCUGCCUGCACGGGGGCAUCUGCAGCUCCGCCCACUCUGGCUUCCGCUGCACCUGCCCCCAGAGCUUCACGGGCCCGCAGUGCCAGACGCUGGUGGAUUGGUGCAGCCGCCAGCCUUGUCAAAACGGGGGUCGCUGCGUCCAGACUGGGGCCUAUUGCCUUUGUCCCCCGGGAUGGAGCGGACGUCUCUGUGACAUCCAAAGCCUGCCCUGCAGGGAGGCCGCAGCCCAGAUCGGGGUGCGGCUGGAGCAGCUGUGUCAGGCGGGUGGGCAGUGUGUGGAUGAAGACAGCUCCCACUACUGCGUGUGCCCAGAGGGCCGUACUGGUAGCCACUGUGAGCAGGAGGUGGACCCUUGCUUGGCCCAGCCCUGCCAGCAUGGGGGGACGUGCCGUGGCUAUAUGGGGGGCUACAUGUGUGAGUGUCUUCCUGGCUACAAUGGUGAUAACUGUGAGGACGACAUGGACGAAUGUGCCUCCCAGCCCUGCCAGCAUGGGGGUUCAUGCAUUGACCUCGUGGCCCGCUAUCUCUGCUCCUGUCCCCCAGGAACGCUGGGCGUGCUCUGCGAGAUUAAUGAGGAUGACUGCGGCCCAGGCCCACCCUUGGACUCAGGGCCCCGGUGUCUACACAAUGGCACCUGUGUGGACCUGGUGGGUGGUUUCCGCUGCACCUGUCCCCCAGGAUACACUGGUUUGCGCUGCGAGGCAGACAUCAAUGAGUGUCGCUCAGGUGCCUGCCAUGCGGCACACACCCGGGACUGCCUGCAGGACCCAGGCGGGGGUUUCCUUUGUCUUUGUCAUGCUGGCUUCUCAGGUCCUCGCUGUCAGACUGUCCUGUCUCCCUGCGAGUCUCAGCCAUGCCAGCAUGGAGGCCAGUGCCGUCCUAGCCCGGGUCCUGGGGGUGGGCUGACCUUCACCUGUCACUGUGCCCAGCCGUUCUGGGGUCCGCGUUGCGAGCGGGUGGCGCGCUCCUGCCGGGAGCUGCAGUGCCCGGUGGGCGUCCCAUGCCAGCAGACGCCCCGCGGACCGCGCUGCGCCUGCCCCCCAGGGUUGUCGGGGCCCUCCUGCCGCAGCUUCUCGGGGUCGCCGCCGGGGGCCAGCAACGCCAGCUGCGCGGCCGCCCCCUGUCUCCACGGGGGCUCCUGCCGCCCCGCGCCGCUGUCGCCAUUCUUCCGCUGCGCUUGCGCGCAGGGUUGGACCGGGCCGCGCUGCGAGGCGCCCGCCGCGGCACCCGAGGUCUCGGAGGAGCCGCGGUGCCCGCGCGCCGCCUGCCAGGCCAAGCGCGGGGACCAGCGCUGCGACCGCGAGUGCAACAGCCCGGGCUGCGGCUGGGACGGCGGCGACUGCUCGCUGAGCGUGGGCGACCCCUGGCGGCAGUGCGAGGCGCUACAGUGCUGGCGCCUCUUCAACAACAGCCGCUGCGACCCCGCCUGCAGCUCGCCCGCCUGCCUCUACGACAACUUCGACUGCCACGCCGGUGGCCGCGAGCGCACUUGCAACCCGGUGUACGAGAAGUACUGCGCCGACCACUUUGCGGACGGCCGCUGCGACCAGGGCUGCAACACGGAGGAGUGCGGCUGGGAUGGGCUGGAUUGCGCCAGCGAGGUGCCGGCCCUGCUGGCCCGCGGCGUGCUGGUGCUCACAGUGCUGCUGCCGCCGGAGGAGCUACUGCGUUCCAGCGCCGACUUUCUGCAGCGGCUCAGCGCCAUCCUGCGCACCUCGCUGCGCUUCCGCCUGGACGCGCACGGCCAGGCCAUGGUCUUCCCUUACCACCGGCCCAGUCCUGGCUCCGAACCCCGGGCCCGUCGGGAGUUGGCCCCCGAGGUGAUCGGGUCGGUAGUGAUGCUGGAGAUUGACAACAGGCUCUGCCUGCAGUCGCCUGAGAAUGAUCACUGCUUCCCCGAUGCCCAGAGCGCUGCUGACUACUUGGGAGCGCUAUCAGCGGUGGAGCGCCUGGACUUCCCGUACCCACUGCGGGAUGUGCGGGGGGAGCCACUGGAGCCUCCAGAACCCAGCGUCCCGCUGCUGCCUCUGCUAGUGGCAGGUGCCGUCUUGCUGCUGGUCAUCCUCGUCCUGGGCGUCAUGGUGGCCCGGCGCAAGCGCGAGCACAGCACCCUCUGGUUCCCCGAGGGCUUCUCACUGCACAAGGACGUGGCCGCUGGUCACAAGGGCCGGCGGGAACCCGUGGGCCAAGAUGCGCUGGGCAUGAAGAACAUGGCCAAGGGUGAGAGCCUGAUGGGAGAGGUGGGCACAGACUGGAUGGACACAGAGUGCCCAGAGGCCAAGCGGCUGAAGUGUGGUUCUGUGACCUCAGAGGGAGGAGGAGAUUUGCCACUGAGGCCCCAAGGGUCUCUGAGCAGGUGGAAAAUCCUUCACUCCGUCCUGCUCCUCCCCGGCCAGGAUCCUGCCUCCUGGCCAGCCUGCACUCUUUCUGGAGGUGUCCCCCAGUCCCAGAGAGUAGAGGAGCCGGGCAUGGGGGCUGAGGAGGCUGUGGAUUGCCGUCAGUGGACUCAACACCAUCUGGUUGCUGCUGACAUUCGCGUGGCACCAGCCAUGGCGCUGACACCACCACAGGGUGACGCAGAUGCUGAUGGCAUGGAUGUCAAUGUGCGUGGCCCAGAUGGCUUCACCCCACUAAUGCUGGCUUCCUUCUGUGGGGGGGCCCUGGAGCCGAUGCCAACUGAAGAGGAUGAGGCAGAUGACACAUCAGCUAGCAUCAUCUCCGACCUGAUCUGCCAGGGGGCUCAGCUUGGGGCACGGACUGACCGUACUGGCGAGACUGCUUUGCACCUGGCUGCCCGUUAUGCCCGUGCUGAUGCGGCCAAGCGGCUGCUGGAUGCUGGGGCAGACACCAAUGCCCAGGACCACUCAGGCCGCACUCCCCUGCACACAGCUGUCACAGCCGAUGCCCAGGGUGUCUUCCAGAUUCUCAUCCGAAACCGCUCUACAGACUUGGAUGCCCGCAUGGCGGAUGGCUCAACGGCACUGAUCCUGGCGGCCCGCCUGGCAGUAGAGGGCAUGGUGGAAGAGCUUAUCGCCAGCCAUGCUGAUGUCAAUGCUGUGGAUGAGCUUGGAAAAUCAGCCUUACACUGGGCUGCAGCUGUGAACAACGUGGAAGCCACUUUGGCCCUGCUCAAAAGUGGAGCCAAUAAGGACAUGCAGGAUAGCAAGGAGGAGACCCCUCUGUUCCUGGCCGCCCGCGAGGGCAGCUACGAGGCUGCCAAGCUGCUGUUAGACCACUUUGCCAACCGUGAGAUCACCGACCACCUGGACAGGCUGCCGCGGGAUGUAGCCCAGGAGAGACUGCACCAGGACAUCGUGCGCUUGCUGGAUCAACCCAGUGGGCCCCGCAGCCCCCCCGGUACCCACGGCCUGGGGCCUCUGCUCUGUCCUCCAGGGGCCUUCCUCCCCGGCCUCAAAGCGACACAGUCGGGGUCCAAGAAGAGCAGGAGGCCCCCUGGGAAGGCAGGGCUGGGACCGCAGGGGCCCCGGGGGCGGGGCAAGAAGCUGACGCUGGCCUGCCCAGGCCCCCUGGCUGACAGCUCGGUCACGCUGUCGCCCGUGGACUCGCUGGACUCCCCGCGGCCUUUUGGUGGGCCCCCUGCUUCCCCUAGUGGCUUCCCCCUUGAGGGGCCCUAUGCAGCUGCCACUGCCACUGCAGUGUCUCUGGCACAGCUUGGUGGCCCAGGCCGGGCGGGUCUAGGUCGCCAGCCCCCUGGAGGAUGUGUACUCAGCCUGGGCCUGCUGAACCCUGUGGCUGUCCCCCUCGACUGGGCCCGGCUGCCCCCACCUGCCCCGCCAGGCCCCUCAUUCCUGCUGCCACUGGCUCCGGGACCCCAGCUGCUCAACCCAGGGACCCCCGUCUCCCCGCAGGAGCGGCCCCCGCCUUACCUGGCAGUCCCAGGACAUGGCGAGGAGUACCCAGCGGCUGGGGCACACAGCAGCCCCCCAAAGGCCCGCUUCCUGCGGGUUCCCAGUGAGCACCCUUACCUGACCCCAUCCCCUGAAUCCCCUGAGCACUGGGCCAGCCCCUCACCACCCUCCCUCUCAGACUGGUCCGAAUCCACCCCCAGCCCAGCCACUGCCACCGGGGCCAUGGCCACCGCCACUGGGGCACUGCCUGCCCAGCCACUUCCCUUGUCUGUUCCUAGCUCCCUUGCUCAGGCCCAGACCCAGCUGGGGCCCCAGCCGGAAGUCACCCCCAAGAGGCAAGUGUUGGCCUGAGAUGCUCGUCAGUUCUUAGAUCUUGAGGGUGCUAAAGAGACCCCCAUCCUGCCUCCUUUCUUUCUCUGUCUCUUCCUUCCUUUUAGUCUUUUUCAUCCUAUUCUCUCUUCACCAACCCUCCUGCAUCCUUGCCUUGCAGUGUGACCAAGAUAGGUCAUCAGCCCAGGGCUUCAGUCUUCCUUUAUUUAUAAUGGGUAGGGGCUACCACCCACCCUCUCAGUCUUGUGAAGAGUCUGGGAUCUCCUUCUUCCCCACUUCUCUCUUCCCUCAUUCCUUUCUCUCUCCUUCUGGCCUCUCAUUUCCUUACAUUCUGACAUGAAUGAAUUAUUAUUAUUUUUCUUUUUCUUUUUUUUUUUUUUUUUACAUUUUGUAUAGAAACAAAUUCAUUUAAACAAACUUAUUAUUAUUAUUUUUUACAAAAUAUAUAUAUGGAGAUGCUCCCUUCCCCUGGGAACCCCCCAGUGCCCCCGUGGGGCUGAGUCUGUGGGCCCAUUUCGGCCAAGCUGGAUUCUGUGUACCUAGUAUACAGGCAUGACUGGGAUCCAUGUACCGAGUACACGACCCAGGUAUGUACCAAGGAGGCACCCUUGGGCACACCCACUGGGGCCAGGGGUUGGGGGAGAGUUGGGAGCCUCCUCCCCCACCCCACCUCCCUCACUUCACUGCAUUCCAGAUGGGACGUGUUCCAUAGCCUUGCUGGGGAAGGGCCCACUGCCAACUCCCUCUGCCCCAGCCCCACCCUUGGCCAUCUCCCUUUCGGAACUAGGGGGCUGCUGGUGGGAAAUGGGAGCCAGGGGAGAUGUGUGCAUUCCUUUGUCUCCCUGUAAAUGUGGGACUACAAGAAGAGGAGGAGCUGCCUGAGUGGUACUUCCUCUUCCUGGUAAUCCCCUGGCCCAGCCUCAUGGCAGAAUAUAAGUAUUUUUAGGCUAUUUUUGUAAUAUGGCUUCUGGUCACGAUCCCUGUGUAGCUGAAUUCCCAAACCUUGCAUUGUACAGCCCCCACUCCCCCCACCACCUAAUAAAGGAAUAGUGAACACUCA